AACGUCUAAUAAUUAAUACUAUACUCUAAAGCAUUGCAUCAAUAGAUUGAGCGCCAAAUGGCUGACAAUAACGAUAGCCUAAAGAUGACGACGACUACUACCGCUGCUGACGACGACAACAAUGCCAUUGUUGAAGACGUGGCCGACAAUGAUGACGGCAACGAUACCGAAACGGUCACAAUGUUGGAUGUACUACAAGAAGAGCAAGACUUGGAGGAGAAUGCGUUUGCAGUGUUGGGCGGAAGCGAUGACAAACAUUGUACUUAUCUGAAGGGUUACGUGAAUCGACAGGCGCUGUACGCGUGCAAAACGUGCCAAUUGGUGGCCACCAGCGAUACUGACAGCGAGCCCCGUGCGGCCAUAUGUUUGGCCUGUAGUUAUCAGUGUCACGAUGGCCACGAACUGGUCGAGUUGUAUACCAAACGCAACUAUCGGUGCGAUUGUGGUAACGAAAAGUUUGCCGAAAAUCGGUGCAAAUUGUAUCCGAAAAGCGGACACAACGAUCUGAAUCGCUAUAAUCAUAACUUUGACGGCUUGUAUUGUGUUUGUAAGCGUCCGUAUCCGGACAGCGACGACGAUACCGAUGACCAGAUGAUUCAGUGUGUGGUCUGCGAAGAUUGGUAUCACGGAAGGCAUUUGGGAAACUUUGUUGAUAAUCAAGAGUUUGCUGAACUAAUUUGUGGUCAUUGUAUGAAUCAGUUGUCAUUCCUCUGGUACUACAAUAAGACAUUUUCAACAGAUGUGAUCUUAGAAAAAGCCGAAACCAGUAAAGAGAUUGACGUUACCACUGGUGGUGAUAAUAAACCAGACAUUCAAACGAAUGACAAACCAAUAGAUGAGUUACCAAUUAGUCAGACGUCGUCAUCUGUCGAUAGCGGUAUUGAAAGUUCAUGCGAUUCAUUGGCCGAUUUGUCGGCAAAACCCAAUCAAUGUCGGCUAAAAAAAUUGAUGAGUGAUAUGAAACCUAAAUCAGCGCCAACUGAGUUGUCGCCGAACUACUGGCCAAUGGAUUGGCGCCGAAGUCUUUGCAAAUGUCCAGAAUGUUUAGAUUUAUACAAACGCAAGGAUUGUCUGUUUUUGAUCGAUGAAAAAGAUAUGGUUCACUACUAUGAGAAUGUGGCCAAAGAGUCCAAUACGAAAGUCAGUGACUAUGACAAGGGAUUGUCGGAGUUGGGCAAAAUGAAUCGGGUCCAACAGAUUGAGAUCAUCAAUGGCUAUAAUGAUUUGAAAAACGAAUUAACCGAUUAUCUGAAGACAUUUGCCACAGCUAAGAGAACUGUUACCGAGGAGGACAUCAAUGAAUUCUUUCAGCAGUUUACUACACGACAAAAGCGACAAAAGGUGGAUAUGUCGUACUUUUGCAAAUAAAACGACUUUCCUCAUACACACAUACACACCGGUAUACUUACAGAUACAAACACACACACCAUAUCACCCGUCGGUUUAUAAAAAUAAUAAAUAUUUUUAUUUUGUUUUCCAAAACUUACGGAAAGAUCAAAUUUUUAAAACAAACAUAAAACACAUACAUUUAAAAACACUCACUAAUGUUUAUUAUUAUUAUUUUUAAAGUUAUAAAAUAA